AUGGAUCCCGAGACCCGGCAGCUGCUGAGCCAGGGCGCCGCGCAGCGCUGGAAGGACCCCGAGUACCGCGCCGCCGUCUCCUCCAAGCUCAAGGGGAAGCCGGCCUGGAAUAAGGGCCGGGAGAUGAGCGCCGCCUGCCGGGCCAAGAUGUCGGUCGCGCGGACGGGGCGGGUGGUCGGCGCGCGCACGCGCGCGCGCAUGGCCGCCUCCCAGACCGCGCGGGCGCCGUCCACCUACGCGGCGUGUACGGGGGAGCACCUGGCGGGCGGCGUGCUGCAGUCUUUCAAGGCGGAGCUGCACCACUUCCGCCGCCUGCAGGAGGCGCUGCGGCCCUGGGUGAGCGACUUCGAGGCCCGGGCCGGGCGCAAGCCAACCAUGCAGGACGUGCAGGCGGCGGGCGUGCCCUGGCUGCUGGAGCGGUACAGGCACUACAUCCUGCUCCGCCAGCGCCUGUUCCACGGCGCGGGCACCGUGCGCGGCAGCCUGGACGGCGGCAUGGUGGCUGGCAGGCCAGGCGGGGCGCCUGUUCCGCAGCAAAACCCCAAGACCAAGGCCACAGCCACCGACCGGCUGGCAGCGGCGCUGGAGUACCGAUCCCGGCAGGCUGCUGCCGCGGGCGGUCUGCCAGGCGCCGUCGGGGCGGCGGGCCCGGCUGUUGGCGGCAGGGACGAGGCUGCCGCGGCGGCAGAGGGUCCAGGCCCGGCCCCACCCGCGGGUCUGGAGCGGGGUCAGGGCCUGGGUCCGGGUGCCUCAACAAGGGUCCGGUCGGCCAUGCUGGCUGCCAUGGAGUACAAGGCGAAGAGGGAGCAGGGCAAAGCAUAG